AUUCUGGGCACGCAGAGAAGCGAAGAGCAAUGGCCGGGAAUGUGGAUCAGAUGGUAACGGUUGGAGAGGAAGGGAGGAUCAUCUCCAGGUCAGACAGUGGUAGUGGAGAGGAUUCCUUGGACAGUUUGAUUUCUCGGCUACCGUUAACUCCAUCACUUUCUCCACGGAAAAGAACAACAAGCCAAAGUAAAUCUGAACCACCACUUCUGAGGACUAGCAAGCGCACCAUCUACACUGCAGGGCGACCUCCCUGGUACAAUGAGUCAGGAACUCCGUUCAAAGAAGCAUUUGUCAUUGGUUUGUGUGGAGGUAGUUCUUCAGGCAAAACUACUGUGGCUAACAAGAUCAUUGAGGCUUUAGAUGUUCCUUGGGUGGUCCUCCUUUCCAUGGAUUCCUUCUAUAAGGUCUUAGACAAAGAAGAACAAGAACUAGCUGCCAGAAGUGAAUAUAACUUUGACCAUCCUGAUGCCUUUGAUUUUGACCUAAUUAUACAUACAUUGAGGAAGCUGAAGAAAGGGAAAAGCGUGAAGGUUCCUGUUUAUGACUUCACUACACACAGUCGAAGAAAGGAUUGGAAAACUGUAUAUGGAGCAAAUGUUGUGAUCUUUGAAGGAAUACUAGCAUUUGCAAACAAGGAACUUCUUAAGCUAUUGGAUAUGAAAGUUUUUGUGGAUACUGACUCUGACAUAAGACUUGUACGACGGCUAAAAAGAGACAUAUCUGAGAGGGGUCGUGACAUUGUUGGUGUCAUCAAACAAUACAACAAAUUUGUCAAGCCUGCCUUUGAACAGUACAUAGAACCAACUGUACAGCUGUCAGACAUUGUGGUUCCUCGAGGUGGAGAAAACUUUGUUGCUCUUGACCUGAUUGUCCAGCAUGUCCAUAGUCAGCUGGAAAAGCGUGAAAUCACUGUAAGAGCAGCACUUGCCUCUGCCCACCAAGGACAACCUCUGCCAGAUAAGUUAAGUGUCCUUGAAAGUACACCACAGGUUAGAGGAUUGCACACAAUUAUCAGAAAUAAAGAAACCAGCCGAGAUGAGUUUAUUUUCUAUUCAAAGAGAUUAAUGAGGUUACUAAUUGAACAUGCCCUUUCUUUCUUGCCACUUAAGCCUGUUACAGUGGAAACACCUCAAGGAGAACUGUAUGAAGGGAAGAAAUUUGGUGGGAAAAGGAUUACAGGAGUCUCUAUCCUUCGUGCUGGUGAAACAAUGGAACAAGCACUAACUGCAGUGUGCAAGGAUAUUAGACUUGGAAAGAUUCUUAUUCAAACUAACCAUGACACUGGCGAGCCUGAGCUACAUUAUCUUCGAUUACCUAAGGAUAUUAGUGAGGAUUAUGUCAUUCUGAUGGACAGUACAGUGUCAACAGGAGCUGCUGCAAUGAUGGCAGUUCGAGUCCUUCUGGGUAUUUAUGUUCAUUUUCUUCAUCACCUGAGGAAUGGUCACUGGACCCAAAAUGUUAACUCUGCUUCAUCUCCCCUAACCCUAACCCUAACCCUAUCGCUGAGGUUCUUCCAAGAAUUCCUGUUCUUGUUAGAGAUUUGGAACAUCUUAUUCAACUUUGGCGCCGUGCAGAAAUUCAUCAACAAUCUCCGUCUGCUGCACAGCAGGAUGCAAAAUGUGAUCCUCAUUCCAGGAUCCACCACAAAAGCAAGUUCAAAAGUGGAGACAAGCACGGCUGUGUCAUUACACCAACACUCUUCUCCAUCUUCAUUGCAGCAACACUCUACCCAUAGCCAUGAAGAUCCUCCUAGAGCAAAGAUCAUCUACAGGACCAGGAGGGAACUAUUAAAUCUGUGUUGCUUCCAGUCCAGAAACAGAUCCCAAUCUUUGUCAUCAGGGUGCAGUGCACUGAUGCUUGUGUUUCUGCACCUUCAUACUGAGUUCUGAACCAUCUUCAACACAUUAUUGGAGACAUUGAGAGAAUAGGUCUCAGACUAACCAUCUGGUUGAACCUUCUCCAGCUUUCUGUAUCUGUGCAGCACUACUGCCUGACUAUCGAGAACUCUGCUGAGCCACUUAAUUAUGUGGCUCCACUAUCAUAAUUUAGGAACUUGCUUUCAGCUAAAGCAGACAUUAAUCUGAUUCUCUGUCCGCUUCAAUGUGCCUGUGCAGCCUUAGGUCAACUAAGGAAUAGAGUGUUUAAUGGCAGAGAUCUCAAAACUAGUGUAAAGUUCAGGAUGUACAAGCAGCAGGAUUACUUUCCGUUCGGUAUGUGUCACUGAAAUGGAUAAUCUACAACUGACACCUCAAAUGGCUGGAGAAAUAUCACCAGCAAUGCCUCUGCAAAAUUCUGCAAAUACAGUAGCAAAAAUAGAAGGUCUAAUAUCGGUAUCCUUUCAGGCUAUCAUGCGCAGCAUUAAGAACAAUACAGCACAGGAACAGGCCCUUCAGCCCUCCAAGCCUGCGCCAACACAUUUUUAUCCUUGCAUAUUAAGACUCUUCACUUCCAAGAUCUGUAUUCCUCUAUUCCUAUCCUAUUCAUGUAUUCGUCCAGGUGCUUCUUGAAAGCUGCUAUUGUAUCUGCUUCCACCACCACCUCUGGCAGGGUGUUCCAGGCACUCACCACCCUUUUGUGAAAAAUGUACCUCGCACAUCUCUUUUAAACUUUCCCCACCUUGAACCUGUGUCCCCUAAUAAUUGACCCCUCUACACUGGGAAAGAGCCUCAUACUUUCCACUCUAUCCAUGCCAUUCACAAUCUUUUAAACUUCUAUCAGGUCUCUCCUCAACCUCCUGUGUUCCAGUGAAAACAGACCCAGUCUAUCCACCCUUUCUUUGUAGCUAAAAUCCCCCAUACCGGGUAACAUCUUAAAUCUUUUUUGUACCCUCUCCAAGCGUCAACGUCCUUUUGCUAGUGUGGUGACCAAGUGUGCAGUAUUCCAAGUGUGGUCUAACAAAAAAGCUGCAGCAUAACUUGUCUAUGUUUAUACUCAUUGCCCCUUCCAAUGAAGGCAAGUAUGCUGUAGGCCUUUUUUACUACCUUAUCUACCUGCACUGCUGCCUUCAGUGAUCCAUGGGCCUGCCCACCCAGAUCUCUCUGCUUAUCAAUACUUCUAAGGGUUCUGCCAUUCACUGCAUAAUUUCCACCUGUAUUUGACCUUCCAAAAUGCAUCCUCCCAUAUGUCCACAUUAAACUCCAUCUGCCAUCUUUCUACCCAUGCCUCCAGCUGAUCAACAUCCUGCUAGAUCCUCUGACAAUCCUCACUAAACACAACUCCACCAAUCUUUGUAUUGUCCACAAACUUAGUAAUUAGACCAACUAUGUUUUCCUCCAAAUCAUUUAUGUAGAUCACAAACAGCAGAGGGCACAGCACUGAUUUUGGAACAGCACUGGUUACAACCCUGCAUUCUGAAAAGACCCUUCCACCACUACCCUGUUUCUCCUAUGACUGAGCCAAUUCUGUAUCCAUCUUGCCAGCUCACCCCGAUACGAAAUGACUUAAUCUUUGUAUCAGUCUGUCAUGAGGGACCUUCUCAAAGGCUUUACUGAAGCCCAACAUCAACUGCUUUUCCCUCAUCAAUCAUCUUCGCCACUUCCCCAAAAAACAUGAUCUCAAGUUAGUGAGGCACAACCUCAGCUGCACAAAACCAUGUUGUUUAUCAUUAAUCAUGCUUCUACAUGCUUAUAGAUCUUGUCCCUGAGAAUCUUUUCCAAUAAUUUCCAUACCACUGACUUGAGGCUCACAGGCCUGUAAUUUCCUGCAUUGUCCGUGUUACUUUUUAUAAUCGUUGGGACAACAUUAGGUAUUCUGCAUUUCUCUGGGACCUCACCUGUGGCCAAAGAGAAUACAAAGAUAUCUGUGAAUGCUCCAACAAUUUGUUCUUUUGCCUACCUCAAUAUUCUGGAAUAGAUCCCGUCCUGAUCUGGGGACUUAUCUAUCUUAAUACUUUUUAAGAUGCACAACACCUGUUCCUUUUUAAUAGCAACUUGGCUUAGAAAUUCGACACUCCCUUCCCUCAGAUCGUGCCCCCCCCCCCCCCCCCCACCCCAGUUCCAUUUCUUUGGUAAAUACCAAUACAAAGUAUUUAUUUAAGAUCUCACCUACCUGUUCUGGCUCCAAACAUAAAUUUCCUGCUUUGUCGUUGAGUGGGGCUACCCUCUUACUUUUUAUAAAUGUAUAAAAAGCCUUGGGAUUCUCCAUAAUCCUAUUUGCUAAUGACUUUUCAUAUGCCCAUUUAGCCCUUUUAAUUCUUUGUAUAAUUGCUUUCCUACUUCCUUUAUAUACUUCAAGGGCUUUGUCAAUUCCCAUCUUAGUAGAUUAGACAGCUGAAUUGAAUAGGCCAUAUCAUCCACAUACCUGAUACAAGACUCCUAAAACAAGUUCUCUACUCUGAGUUUCAUCACAGAAGGGAUUACAAGGAGGGAAGAAGAAACACUUUGAGGGGAUCCUUGAAAGAUGCAACAUCCUAACCAAUGUGUGAACCUCUUCCCAAGACCAAUUAAACUGAAAAAAGGAUCCAUGAAGGUUUCAAGUAUUUUGUGCAUCUUCAACAGAGUCCAGAUGGCGGCCAAGUGAAAACAAUGGAUGGUGCAUGUGAAAACCUGAACAUCCAUUCGCUCCUGUUUAUCAAACAACAUUUGUCUGAUCUGUGGCAGAGUGUGUGGAUCAACAUUGAACUCUUUAGUCAUCUCAAUUUUGCAGUGGAAGUUAUCCCUACUCCUGAGUGACAGCCUAAUUAGUAUGAAUUAAUAUACAGUAUAUGACAUCAGAGGAACAUGUCUGAUUGUUAGACGUACUGAAGAAGGAUUUUGAUAUUUAAUUUCCUUUUCAGAAUUAUAAUGCAGUCUAAAUACUUGCAUAUCUGAUCUCAGUUUCUUUGUUUAGCAAAAGGCUCAGAACUAAUUCACGUUGAGUGACACAUCGAAAUGUGAUUUCUGGACAACCUGCAGAAGCAUCUGUGAACUAUUGGAUGUAAUUUUAUGUAAUGUAGUGGAAUAUUGUGAUUUGCAGCUCUUGAUUUUGUGCAGCAAAAUAGUGGUAUGAAAUUAUUGUAAAGUUGCAUCUAUUUGAAUAAAGUUUGCGAUAUUUAUGAUUUCCA